CCGCCGUCAGUUAUAAUUUCAAUCGGCUACGUUCUUUGUUCUUUACACUGUUUUCAACACGUAUUUUUUUGCAUUUUCAAAAUAAAAAAACUGAAUUAAAAAAAGGAAUAAUGAAUGCAAAAAACAAUCAAGUAUUCUACGCGGAAGAUGAAUUUGGGAAAAAAUUGGAUAGGUGCAUUACUGAUUCAAUAGUAAAAAGUUCUGGUGGACUUGUACUUGGAUCUGUUAUUUCUCUCUUAUUUUUUAAGCGAAAAGCUUGGCCAAUAAUAUUGGGUACUGGUUUUGGUACUGGAGUCGCAUACAGGACAUGUGAAAAGGAUUUAAAUAUGUAGAAAAUAUAUGUAAUAAGAUUUUCAAUAU